UUAGCGCUGGCAAAAACAUGAAGUUUUUAUAAAAAAUAUUGCACAAUAAUUCCGUGUUAUAACACAAACAAUCAUUUUGCGCUACACUGAGUGUUUGCUGGCCGAUAUUAUCUGAAGUACUUUUUGCAAAACGAAAAUAUAUCGUCACGAAAAUUAUUAUUGUUGCCCACAAACUGUUCGAAAAGCGCAUAUGUAACGGUGUCGGCGCCGUUCACCGUUUGUUUUUUGCUCGUUUUAUCACCAUUUAGUGAAUGUAGGCAAUGAAAAACAAAUUUAUUGAACACAUUUUUAUGCAAUUUCGAUUUGAUUGUCAGCAAAAUUGCACAAACAUUCAUUGCUUGCGGCGCUAAAUGUGCUUUUUAUAUGAAAGGAAUGUGAAAAAAGAAAAAAGCAAAAAGAAAGUGUCGCCAAAAACCCCAAAAAACACUAAAAAGGAUUUACAAUCAUCGACAUUUCGACAUUAAAAUUGAUGUUUGAGCAAAACGAUUGGCGUUAGCGAAUUUAUUGUGCGAACUCCGACUCCGCUCACCGACGGCAAAAGUGGAAUUUCUUAUUGGAAAGCCAAACUCAAAUAAAAAUUGUUACGAGCGCGCUAUGAAAAUAUGAUUUUUGACUUCGUAAGCUACAAACAAGAAAGUGUAAUUUACAGAAGAAAGUUAUAAAGCAGUUUCAGCGAAAACUAAAAAAAAAUUCAUUACAAAUUAAAAAAAAAAUGCCAUAAAAGCUUAUGUUUCUCCAAAAGCGCUAUAAGUGAGCUUGAACAUCGUAAAAGACUGUUUACUACAAGCGUUGACACUAAAACAAUAUUAUGUGUUAGAGCUUUCAUCAAAGGAAACGUACACCUGUCGCGCAUGAAAGCUCCACAGUCAAAAAUAACGUGAAAUCAUUUUUAAAAAAUUUUGUGAGUGAAAGCUCACGAACGAACACCUGUCACGAAUUACAAAAAUUUUGUGAGUGAAAGCUUUGCAAAACAAGUGUCACCAAGCAUUAUGGCUAUAGACACAAAGUAAACAUAAAAAUGCGAUUAAGUGUGCGUACUUUCAUAAAAGUGCUAUUAGAAUUUCCCCCCUUAAAGCUGUAAGCUCGCAAGCAACUAUAAUAUGGCUACAGCCACAAAGUAAACAUAAAAAUACUGUUAAGUGUGCCAACUUUCAUAGAAAAGCUGUUAGAACUUUCAUCUAAGUGCUUUUAGUGCUUUCACCUCAUGAAGCUUUAAGCUUACAAACAACUUUAACAAUUUAAAAAACUGAAAACAUGCACGACAAUUACCAAAUCGCAACACAAAUGCAUGCAAAGUCGACUAAACGAACUUGCCAAAACGAUAGCGCAUGCCGUAACACGCAUUUAUACGCAACGCCGCAGAAGAAAGCUCCGCUCGACAUUAAUAUACCACACGACUCAAUCAAUACAAUUACAGCAACGCUAAGUGACUUAAGCGACAUGCCGCACUACCGUUAUGGCGGUAGUGAUGCCUUAGCGUCCACCUUAUCACUGCUGCCGCUCGGACGACGUCGUUGGUUUCAGCGCCAAACUUGCUUACUUUGCAUUUUGGCGGCAUUCAUUUGCGGUCUAUUCCUCGGCAUCUUCGUGCCUAUGGUGGAUUUGAGUAAUGUAUUUUCAAACUUAUCAACGGAGCCCGCGCCGCCUGCAGCUAUAUUGGGUCAACACAUACCGCUCGGAUUAACUGCUUCGGAUUGGGAACCGCUGCCUAACGAUGAAGUCAAAUUAGCGACACCCUUUAAUCGCACAACAGCGGCGACGCACAGAGGCAACCUGAAGGAGGCGCCACAUAGCCCCUUUAGCGUCGCCUUCAUUAGCGAACACGAAGGCAGGAUUGGUGUGGAGGAAAUUUUGAGCGAUGGCGCGCAUCAUGCUGACGAUAGACGCGAUGCGCGUGUACAGCGCACGGCGGAUGCACCACUAGCGCGACCGACAGCGGAGCGUACUUCGAAAAUGCUGCACGACUUCGGCGCACCAACUUGGUCGCAGCAACAAAAUUUAGAAAACAACAUCAUGACGAAGAAUAUACUGCAACGACCGAAUGCACAGAAGAAACACCAGUCGGCAACACCGACCGCACCGGGCAUCAUAAAAUCCAACAUCUACUGGGGUGAGCUGGUAGAGCGCGCGCUGCCACAAGGUUUCAGCGCACAGGACACACGUGAUUGGAAUGCCUAUGUUGGGUCCGAAACGGCGGUGCAAAGACUGGAGCAGGGCUGCGGUCGCAUGCAAAAUCGGUUGCUCACCUUCCGUGAUGGCACACGCGCCUGUGCGCGCUAUCGUCAAAACACUGAUCAAAUACAAGGUGAACUUUUCUCCUUUUACUUGGGACGCCUAUUGAAUAUGACAAAUCUCGCACCCAGCGCCGUGCUCACGGUGAAUGUGGAAUCGGACAAAUGGGCGACCGUUGUGCAUGACAUAAUGCAAGCGCAAUGGAAGCAGCAACGCCCGGUGGUGUUGACGCGUUGGCUGCCAAAUCUCGAACCGGCCGGCAUACCACAACCCUUCCAACCGAUCGAUCGUCAUCUCAACAAGCAAGAUGUAUGGAAUAUAACAUCAACGCUGACGACGACGACGGCUGACACAUCUGUUAGCGCGGAGGCUACCGAUAAUGCAUUAAACCAAGAUGCUCACUCCCAAGAUGCUUCCAUUAACAUAUCCAUUACACCAAACUCGUUGGCGCUUGAGCGCCUAGUUGAACUCGCUCAAUGGUCGGACUUGAUAGUGUUCGACUAUUUGAUUGCGAAUCUCGAUCGUGUCGUCAACAAUCUCUACAACUUCCAAUGGAACGCUGAAAUUAUGGCCGCACCGGCGCAUAAUCUAGCACGUCAGUCCAACUCGCAGUUACUGAUCUUCCUCGACAACGAAUCCGGCUUGCUGCAUGGUUAUCGAUUGCUCAAGAAAUACGAGGCUUACCACGGACUCUUGCUGAAUAACUUGUGCGUUUUUCGUGAGCCCACCAUACGCGCUUUGCGACUGUUGCGCGAUGCUGGUGCGGGUCGUAAACUGCGCGAGGUUUUCGAACAAACGGCGAACGCUGAGGUACGCGAUGUGCUGCCGACGUUACCGGACAAAUCAAUAAAAAUACUAAACGAUCGCAUUGAUCGGGUGCUAGGACAGGUGGAUAAGUGCAAGCAAAUGAUCAGUAAUAGCUAGUAACUUAGCCACGAUGGUGUUGUAGCCUUUGUGAAAGCCCAAGAGAAACGUUUGCGGUGCUCAAUGUAAAAAUGUAUUCUAAAUUAGUUAGGGCUAGAAGUUUUAAUAUUUAUAUUAUAUUGCUAGUUAUUUGUAUGCGUAAUUGUAGGGCAUUAAGUAAUUGAGGCGCUCCGAACAAGUCACUGUAAAGUCAUAGCUUUAAGCUUAUUAAUGUGUAUUAGUGUAACUGUAAUGUCUUGAAAGUUGAAAGUCCUUACCAAAAGCAUCACAAAAUGUAUAUGUUUGUAUGUAAAUCUGACUGAUACAAGUUAAAUUAUUUAUACAUAUGUACAUAAAUGUCGAUUGCGUUGCAGUUAGAUUUGCCGCAGCGCAUCUUUCCCUAGUUGUGGUGAAAUUACUUUAGAUAUAUAUUUUAAAAUCUAUCUCUUGUUUUUUUCCACAAAAUGGUGAUUUCGAAAAGUUUUAAGUUCUUCUUCUUUGAAAAACUUUUCAACUAAACUAAAAGGCUUGUGACAUGCUUGAAGUUCGUAUUUUCUUCAAAAGAGUUAUAUAAUACUUAAAUAAUAUAUAUUAGGUUA